AUGGGCUCUGUGCUCGAUGCAAACUCCAGCUCUGUGCGCAAAAGGAUCGAAAACCACAACUUCAAUGACGAGCAAGGUGAAGAAUAUGAUGCAUCGAAAUUCGGUGGUUUCGGUGACUACAUGCGCCGCAAGAAAAUUAAAUUGCAGAAUCUAGAUGCAGAAAUCCGCUCAUCGUCACCUGGUUGCCCCCCGAUCUUUCGGGGCGUGGUCGCCCACGUUAAUGGCUACACCCAGCCUUCUUUGCAGGAUCUACAUCGUAUAAUUGUCAGCCAUGGUGGUGGCUUUCUUCAAUAUAUGGAUGGCAAGACUGUUGCAACGCAUAUCAUUGCCAGCUCUUUAACGCCCAAGAAGCGUGAAGAAUUUCGAAGAUACCGUAUCGUGAAACCAGCAUGGGUGGUAGAAAGUGUCAAGGCCGGACGAAUACUUCCUUGGGAUGCCUUUAGGGUGGUUGAUGAGGGCCAAUCUCAGAAAAUACUCAAAUUCGACAAUGGACGGGUUUUCAGCGAAGCCAAUAGUCAACAGACGAGUUAUAGGGACCAAACAACUACCAGUUGGUACACCUCGCAGCUAAAAAGCCCGAAACCGUCCUUUCCAGCUGCAGAUUCACCAACCAACAGUUCCUUGCCCCCCGGAGCUUUAGACGUGGAAGACCAACAACCAUCAAGUAUAAAAACGCAGUCAGAUUAUGGCGAAUUUCCUAGUUUUGACGUCCCCGACGAGCCAUUACAAGAGCAAUCAAAUACACCUAAGAAGUCGACCGAUCCUAUGUCACACAACAAGGAUACAGUACAACAUCAUGUACGUAGCCGUUCUCCAGACCCUCAGGCGCAUGUAGCUCAGAGUCCAUUGUCGCCUCAGCCUGUUCCUCCACAACCAGACAUGACCUCCGAGGAGUACAAUGCACAACUCUUGUCAGAUCCCCGCAUGAAGAACUCUAGCGUUGUCAACCCGGAAUUUAUUCAACAAUACUACAGGGAAUCCCGUUUGCAUCAUCUAUCUACAUGGAAAGCUGAGUUGAAAGCGCAACUUCAAUCCGCAGCUAAGGAGAAAUCACAAUCGCAUAUCGGACGGAGAAAGCUUGUCUCUGGAGCCCGACGAUAUGUUCUUCAUGUUGAUUUUGAUUCAUUCUUUGCGGCUGUCUCCAUUCUAAAGCAUCCAGAACUCAAAGAUAAACCGGUUGCCAUUGCCCACGGCACUGGUAGUGGGUCUGAGAUUGCCAGCUGCAAUUACCCAGCUCGCGCUUACGGCAUUAAAAACGGAAUGUGGAUGAAAGGCGCUCUGCAAACAUGUCCCGAGCUGAAGGUAUUGCCGUAUGAUUUCCCCGCCUACGAAGACGCCAGUCGGAAGUUCUACAGUGCCGUCCUUUCAAUUGACGGCAUUGUCCAAAGUGUCAGCAUAGAUGAGGCUCUUGUUGACAUUACUUCUCAAUGUCUGGAUGCCGGAGGUACAGAUGGAAAAGGCAUAUCUGAGGGGUCCAUAUACCGCGAACAAGGCAAAGCAGAUGAGAUUGCCCAGAAUCUACGAGAUUCUGUAAAGGAAAAAACUGGCUGCGCUGUAUCAGUGGGGAUUGGUGGCAAUAUUCUAUUGGCUAAAGUGGCUCUGAGAAAAGCGAAACCUGCUGGACAAUUCCAAUUGAAGCCAGAGGCUGUUUUGGAUUUCAUUGGGAAUCUGACCGUUCAAGAUCUGCCUGGGGUUGGUUACAGUCUUGGGACAAAACUGGAAGAACUUGGAGUCAAAUUCGUCAAAGAUAUCAGAGAGCUGUCCCGGGAAAAACUUCUUUCCAGCUUAGGGCCCAAAAUUGGCACAAAGCUAUGGGAUUACGCUCGUGGCAUUGACCGGGCAGAAGUAGGAAAUGAUGUGCUCCGAAAAUCGGUAUCCGCAGAAGUUAACUGGGGUAUUCGGUUUGUCAAUCAAGAUCAGGCCGACGACUUUGUGAGAUCUCUGUGCGAGGAGUUGCACCGGAGACUAGUUGAAAAUCUGGUGAAAGGCAAACAGUUGACACUCAAGGUUAUGAAACGAUCCGCGGAUGCGCCAUUGGAGCCGGCAAAGCAUUUGGGCCAUGGAAAGUGUGACGUAUUCAACAAAAGCGUCAUCCUUGGUGUGGCUUCCAACGCAAAAGAUAUCCUUGGGAAGGAAGCUGUUUCCAUGCUAAGGAGCUUCGGUAUCUCUCCUGGUGAUCUGAGGGGCCUCGGGAUCCAAAUGACGAAGCUUGAACCUCUCAAGCCCGGAACAGCGGCAGAGAAACCCGAAAGCAGCCAACAACAGCUCAAUUUCAAGAAAUCUCCGGCUAGAAAAAAAGUCGAGCGGAUUCUCGAUCCAGACGAGUUAGAAAGCCCUCGUAAAGAGGAUUCCGAGUCAGUCAUACAAGCACCGACGCUGAAUGACAGUACCCAAAAACCCUUGAAUCUUUCAGGAACCCAGUUUAUCUUGCCAUCCCAGGCAGAUCCCAACGUUGUGGCUGAGCUCCCUGGUGAUAUAAGAUCGAAACUUUUAUCACAAGCUAAACCUCGACAAACUUCCCGCUCUUUGUCGCCUUGUCCGCCAAGUCGUCCGCGGCGGAGUGCCAACGCGGAGCUUCCUCCCCAAUCUCAGUUAGAUGCGGAUACUUUGGCAGCCUUACCAGAAGAUGUGCGUGCUGAAGUCUUGGGUUACUAUGACCAGCCUCAAAGAGAAACAACCCCACAGCCGUCAGAAUCUACAUCUUCUGUGCCUGCAUCACGGCCAUCAUCUUCUGGGUCUUUGCGGCUAAAGAAGCCUACAACACCUACGAAGAAGCGACGUGGUCGCCCAAGUCUGAAGGCAGUUGGAAACAUGAAACUCACACAAUCCAGCUUUGGUGUCACUCGCAACGCGACUCCCUCAACUGGCGCUGUUAACCAGUCCCUUCCAAGAGAGCCAUCUCCAAUAUUCGAGGAAAGUGUAGUAUCGGCCGAAUUCCUGGCCGCAUUGCCAGAAGACAUCCGCCGUGAAGUCCUUGAAGAACAAAAACGAUCCCAGAUGCUACAGCGUUCAAAUCUUGCUUCCUCAACAACCCGGAGGCCCGUUCAAACAAGACCGUCCGCUCCUCCGCCUCAGCCUCAGCCCCAGAAAAAAGUUCAUCUUCCUCCGCUACCGGAACGGCCUACCUUCACCUCUAAGCGGCUUUCCAGUCUACCAGACCUACGCGAUGCUCUAGAGGCGUGGUAUUCUACAUUUAAGCCAGAUGGGCCCUUCGUCGAGGAUGUAGAAUCUCUCUCUAGCUAUCUUAAACGCGUUGUGCUCGAUGAAAAGGAUGUCGACAAAGCAGUGUCUGCGGUCAACUGGCUUGUGUGGCUAGUUGAUGACGGACGACCCCAACCUCAAGAUCCACCCAAGAGUACCAAUCCUGGUAGCAGCUCACAAGGUGUGAUGGCGUGGGAUGAUGUUCUUCAGACUUUGCAGGAGAGCGUUAAGGGUGCCGUUGAAGAAAGGGGUUUGCCCCCUGUGGAAUUUGAUUGA